AUUGAAUUAAUAUGCCAACAGGCUGUUUAAUAUAAACUUAAUAAUGUGACAAUUUCCUUCUAAUAUAUUUCCGUAGAAGCACUUUAACAAGUACAUAUUUUGUCGAAACAGUAAGAGUGAAAGACAUAAAGCUGAAGGUGUUUAAAACUCAGGGCUUUUGGGAUUGCAGUGCUACAGAACUGCAUUUCCCAUGAACCCAGUGCAACUACAGUAGCGCAGUUGGUUUUGCGCAUGCGCACCAGGGAUAAUUGGAUAUCAAGUGGGCCAAAACAGCGUAUGGUAAAAUGCACAAGUUGAAGUCAUCGCAGAAGGACAAAGUUCGGCAGUUCAUGUCCUUCACACAGGCCGGGGAGAGGACAGCCGUCUACUGCCUGACACAGAAUGACUGGAAACUAGAAAUCGCCACGGACAACUACUUCCAGAACCCAGACCUCUACUACAAAGAAUCCAUGAAAACCUCAGUGGACCGCAAGAAGCUGGACCAGCUCUACAACAGAUACAAAGACCCCCAGGAUGAGAACAAGAUAGGCAUUGAUGGGAUCCAGCAGUUCUGUGAUGACCUGACGCUGGACCCAGCUAGCAUGAGCAUACUUGUGGUGGCAUGGAAGUUCAGAGCUGCCACCCAGUGCGAGUUCAGCAGGAAAGAGUUCCUGGAUGGCAUGGCUGAGCUAGGCUGUGACAGUCCUGAGAAACUCAAGGCCAUCCUUCCCAGACUAGAGCAGGAGCUUAAAGACACAGGGAAGUUCAAAGACUUCUACCAGUUUACCUUCAAUUUUGCCAAGAACCCUGGCCAGAAAGGUUUAGACCUUGAGAUGGCUGUUGCUUACUGGAAUCUAGUUCUCACAGGUCGCUUCAAGUUUUUGGAUCUCUGGAACUGCUUCCUGCUGGAACAUCACAAGCGCUCAAUUCCCAAGGACACAUGGAACCUCCUUCUGGACUUCGGCAAUAUGAUUGCAGACGACAUGUCAAACUAUGAUGAGGAAGGGGCAUGGCCUGUCCUCAUAGAUGACUUUGUGGAGUUUGCUCGCCCGAUUGUGACGAGUAAACGCAACAUGACAUAGUGUUUGUCUCUGAUUCAUUCAGCAAAAGGAGUUUGUGUUUCUCCCGGUUUUUCUUCUUUUUUUCCUUUUGAAUGAGGAUUUUUAUACAAAUGAGCCAAAAAGAGUAUCUCUCUAUAAGUUUGCAGCCUGUCCUUCAGAUUGUUCUUCCAACUGCAUAAAAUCAAAGCAGGAGGGGAAUCAACAGGAGAGAGAUAAUGUUUCAUUUUUUUGGCAAGGACAGUCUUCAGAAUUGCAAUAUAGAAAUGAUGGGUUUUCUAAAACUGGUCGGUCAUGGGCGACUCAUCAACGGAUGGGGCUUUGAACUGCUGCGGACUUGGCUCACUAACCUGCAUCCUAGGCACAGUGAGGAGGGACAGGAACAGUGAAUCUUCAGCACACGCAGAGGAUAACGUUAUAGAUGCAGUAGGAUGUGAAUUAUGAAUGGAACAGUAUGUUCAAAUCUGCAUGUUUUUGUCAGCCAGAAGCAGGGCCAUGGAUGUUGAGGAGGGGGGGAAGCGUGUGCGUGUGUGUGUGCGUGUGUGUGUGUGCGUGCGUGCGUCUGUGUGUGUGUGCGUGUGUGUGUGUGUGUUUUAAUUGUAGCUCAUUUGGUUUUAUUAUAAUUAGAAAUUAUGAUCACUUUAACUGAGCAACAGUGAAGGAAUUCAGAUCCACAUUUUGAAUUCACACAAUUGAAAAGAGCAGCAUGCUUUUCAGGCUCAGCACCAGCAGAAUCACAUUUGUUAUAGUUGUAAAAAUGAUAUAUCAAGAGGAAAGGAAAACAAGAAUAGGUUUAAUUUUUAGAGGAGCAAAAAUGUUUAUCUGAUAGGUUAUGACAUUUAUAGUCAUGAUAAGAAGCAUUUAGGAUCCUCAUUUCACAAAGAAACUGACUGACUGGCACAGUGACUGUUUCUAUUAUCCAGGUGAUAUAUCAACUUUGCAAACUGCACUGAGUUACACUUUUUUCUGUUGUAGGUUUUCUUUAUUUGCAGAACUACUCAGUUUACUUGAUUGUGGGUUCACAUGCAUAUACUUUUACAUAUGAACAUCUGCAUCACAGCUUAGAUUUUUUUAAACUGUUUGAAGUUUUAGUCUGUUGCCUUUCAUGAUUUAGUGGCUGUGAUGCAAGGACCGUAGAACUAACACGCAGAUAAACAGGUCACUUUGAGAACGAUGGUUGCGCUGCCAUCUAGGGGUGCAAUGCAUUUUCUCCAUACAAGAUUUAGUGUUGCUCCUUAAGUGUAAUUAUAACACUAAAAGUAUCCCCCUUUCUCAGCUAAAGAGUUUGACAGAAGGAAUAGCUGAGGCAACAGUCGUCCUCUCCCAGUCACCGUGAGCAGCAGGCGGCUUUCUGCUCUUACAUCAGUAUUUGCCAUCUAACUGAACUAUCUUGUUUUGCCAACAAAAAUAAUGAAAGCUUUGCCACAUGUUGAAAUAAGGAUAGAUCAAUUCCCCACAUGACAUUUCUCAUCCAACUAAAGGGGAAAUAUUUGCCCUUUUUUCCUUAAGUUGACAAACUUCUGUUUAUGUUCUCAUAUUUAUGUAAAGAGAGGUCAGUCAUAAACUGUGGUGGUGUGCAUAACGUAGAUCAGGAUGGGAAGUUCUUAUAAUUUCAGACUUAGAUUGAAUGCAGAUAAGUGGCAAAAAGCCCAGCUUAAUCAUGACUGUAAAACAGUCACUGUAGCAGCUGGUAAAUGUGCCAUAUUGGUCAUCUUUGUAACCUGGAUAUGUGUUAUUGGGGGAAUAUAAUAUCCAAUAUAUCUUUUUGGCUUGUCAAAGUUGUGCACGAGCCUAUCACAGUCAAGACAGCGAGAUGAUGUGAAAACGUUUCUAAGAUGAUUGUUUUUGACUCAUCUGAUGUGUGUGGUUCAGGAGCAAGAAAAUGUGACAUCUUUCAGUAUUCUGUUGUGGUCCAUUUGGUACGUUUUUAAUUUGUCAAAUGUGUGUUCAACUUUUUUAAGUCAUGCAGAUCACUCUUAUUAAAACAGUAUUAUUUUUGCAAGCAAGAAAGAAGGUACAGAGGCUUCAUAAAGUUUUCAGACCCCCUUCACUUUUUGCACACUUCAUUAUAUGGAAUUUUAAAUGGAUAAAAUUGCCAUUUUUACCCAACAAUAUACACUCAGUAGUCGUGGCAUAGAGCAUAGGUGGAGAGACCUGAAGAUUGCAGUUAACAGACGUUUCCCAUCCAAUCCGACGGAGCCUUAAAGGAUCUGCCAGGAAGAAUAGGAUCAACUUCAGGAGUGCGAAGCUUGCAGAGACUUAACCAAGAACACUCAAAGCUAAAAUUGCUGCCAAAAGGGCUUCUACAAAGUACUGAAUCAAGGUUCGGAAAACUUAAGAGAUUUCAGUUUGUUUUGUUGUUGUUGUUCACUUUGUUAUGGAGUGUAGAUUGAUUGGCAAAAUGGUAUUUUAUUCAUUUAAAACACACCACAAAGAGUGCAAGAAGGGAACGUGUGAAUACUUUCUGAAGCCACUUUGUUUUGUCACAGUAGCAUACCGCAUAUUUUUUUCUUUAAGCAAGUUGCCAAUAAAGCAUCUUUUUAACAGUAAAAGAUGUAUCUCUGUCUACCAAGUACAGCAGUUGGUUGUUGGUUGUUUUGUUGUCAGAAAUGAAGAUAUUGAAUUCUGGUCAGCAUGAUUGUGUUGUGCUGAAAUCAGUAUCCCAAUAUUAAUAUUUUUCUGAAAUCAAUAUGAAUCACAUGUCAAAUGUGCUAAUGAAAUAUUGCCGCAAAAAUAUACAACUAGAUAUCCA